UGCAAUUCUGCAGAGGACCCGGGCUCUUCCAGAAGCCACAAAUGGUGCGCUGUGAAUGUUUGUUAAAGGAACGGUCUGUUUGAGUCCAGCCUCAGUUAUAAAUUUACAGGAAGUUAACUUUGUGCCAUGUAAACAGCAGCAGCUACAAGAUGGCUAAGAAAUCUCUUGCUGGACAGUUCUAUCAAAUCUAACAGAGGCAUAAGAGGGCUGAAUUUUAUGAGGAGAUGCAGUGAGUGUCAUGUGAAGAAACGGAGGGUUUGUGAAUCCUGCUGUCUGGGUUGCCCCAGAAAGCGAAGAUGAAUGCUUUGGUGGAAGAAGAGAGCUGCUGCGCACUCUGAAUUUUCUGGCAUGGAUCUGCAUGAGGAUUACAAAUCACCCUUCGAUUUCAAUGCUGGAGUGAACAGAAAUUAUCUUUACCUGUCACCUAGCAUAAACCUUUCUCCUCCCGGAUCACCUACACUGGCGAAGUCUGGGCUGCUGAGAAGUGACUCUAUACCUGAGGUUGGAGAGGAUGCUGCUGCUACCGUUGACAUGGCAGAAACACUCUCAGAAGAAGAACGGGAUGAACUAAGAAAAGAGCUUGCUAAGGUGGAAGAGGAAAUCCAGACGCUCUCACAAGUGCUAGCUGCCAAAGAGAAGCAUCUAGCAGAAAUCAAGAGAAAGCUGGGAAUUAACUCAUUACAGGAACUAAGGCAGAACAUUACCAAAAGCUGGCAAGAUGUUACAUCAACCACAGCGUACAAGAAAACAUCAGAAACCCUGUCUCAGGCUGGUCAGAAGGCUUCUGCUGCUUUUUCAUCUGUUGGUUCAGUCAUAACCAAGAAGUUUGAAGAUGUCAGACUACAGGCAUUUUCACAUUCCUUUAGUAUACGUUCCAUACAACAUUCAAUUAGCAUGCCUAUUAUGAGAAAUUCUCCAACUUUCAAAUCCUUUGAGGAAAAAGUUGAAAACUUAAAGUUUAAAGUUGGAGGAAGCAAACCUGCUGGAGGAGACUUUGGAGAAGUUCUCAACUCUGCUGCCAAUGCCAGUGCCACAGAGACUAUUGCAGAACAGACACAGGAGGAGGAGACCCACUGAGAUUCCUGCCUCUGUCCUGCUACCCACUGCCAGAUGCUGCAAGCAAACCUAAGCACACUUUUAACAUCCUUUGCGCUCUUUCCACCAGAUGUGCUUUUCUUUAGCACGUAGUUAUUUUACCAGAUUAACUGAUACCAAGCUUGUUUGUGGGUUCAAAGUAUUUUUGAAACUAAAAAUACAUUGUUUGGGGGUUUGUGUGGGAAGGGGAGUUUUUAUGCCUUUCAAGCAUUUAAAGGACUUAGCUGUAAGGCAACCUUUAAAAUAUAGCAAUGAAAAAAACUCUUUUGAGAAAUUAAUUAUACUGUACAUAUAGUGUGGAUACGUAAUUUCUUUUGAAUCUGUAACUACUGCUCAACUUGAUCAUCACGAGUCUACUGCGGCUGCCAAACCGAAGCUUGUUACUUCACUCCCUUGUGAUCCUUUCAGUCAAGUGUUGCCUGCAGGGUACACAAGACUAGGAGGAUCACUCCCAGCUAAAGAAAAGAAUUCAGCUUCAACAGGCUUUAAACAAGUUAUUUGUAGAAGGAUUAUAGACGGGUUGUCAUGUACUGUCUUAUGAGCGUCUUCCUCAUACAACACAUGCGGGUAGGGUAAUACAUAACAUUGAAAACUUACUGCUUUGUUUGUGGAUUAUCCACCUAGGAAACUUCUGACCAUCACAAAUGAAAGCAAGAUGCCUAGUAGAGCUGGUUUGGUUCAUAGUAAUGUUUCCAGUCUUAUUUUUUGUAUGUGAUGUUAAUAUAGUAAGAUACACUCCUGAACUUUUCAGCACUCAUAAAUAGAUUCAUCUUCUGAUUCACACAUGGUGGUGUCACAUCUACAUUUACGAAGCAUGGACUGUAAGAAUAAGCCUGAACAUGAAAGUGAUUCUUUUUGAGGCAUCAAGAGAACUACUCUCAAAUGCUAGUUCUGUUUCCCUUAUAGACUAACCAUCAAAAAACAUCUGCUACACUAUUUUUCGUGUUAAAGGCCUGUACUGCUAGCACCCCUGCUCCUGGUUAAGAUCCCAGAAAUCUGUUUUGAGACUUGUACUGUGUCAUAUACUACAGCAUAGUUCUCUUGCAAGAUCUGUUCUCUUACAUGUUGCUUUAUUUUAUGUACUCUUCAAAUUUAUUGUAUUUUGUAUGUUUCUGGCACAUGGUCAGUAAGGUUGGAACUUUUGGCAAGUGUUUUAUCACCCUGCUUAGAACUGGAAACAACUUCUCAAACAUUUGUGAGAAAUUGAUGGAGCGGUUUGCUUCCAACAUCCAGAGAUGUCUGGAGGAAAAAAUGUUGACUCCCAACAACCUUGUUAGCAUAUCAGAUGUAGUAUAUAUG